CGCGGCCAUUUUAGAAAAUAACAAAUCAAGAGUCGAUUUCAACGACUUCAAGUAACAAGAUGGAUGUUGAUCAAGUCGAUGGUAAUAAUCGCUGAUACUCACAUUUCACCCAGUAGAGUUAAUUAUUCGCUUAACUUGCAGUUGCUUUUUGUUUUUCCAAGUGGGUAAAGAUACAACGACGCAGUCCCAAGAACGCGAUUUGGAUUCAAAACUUCUGGGCGCGCGGCCUGUGCCGGUUGUGGUGGCCACGGAAAGUCACAGUUUUGAGUUGGACGAAAAAGCUUUGGAAGACAUCUUACUUCAUGAACGUGUCAGAGAUAAAAAGGUUGCUGUAGUGUCAGUUUCGGGCGCCUUUAGGAAGGGAAAGUCCUUUUUACUGGACUUCUUUCUGCGGUACUUGGACCGAGAGGUGAAUUUUAGAAAUAGUACAUGCUUGUACAUAUUUAGGUUUAUUAAAGCUUAAUAAGUGUUGAAUAUGAGCAAGCUUUUUCUUAACGAUUUUGCUUUAUUGCUGGUUUGUACAUGAACCAGAUUUUCUCAUGGAUAUUUUCCUUAAAAUCGGCUCUGUUUAAUGAGUUAAAUAUAAACCUAAUAAUACAUGUAAGCUCAUUCCUCGAAUUUGAAUUAUUUAUAGUUGGUGGUGAAUGCUGCGUUUAUUGAUACAGGUGGAAGUUCUGGGGAAUCUGACCUCAGCGAAUGCAAAGUUUCUACCAUUCUAGCAAACUGUUUAUCCACGACUGUGAAAGGAUAUUAUUUUCUGAAAUACCGUGCAUGAAAAAAAAAAAAAAUCUCAAACUGAAAAGGUGCUAAUGCAUUUAUGCAAUCUGUGCCCUCAAAAUGUACUAUGUUCUGGCCAUUAGGGAAUGUGAAAUGUUGCCAACCGAGGUAUCUUCUUAUGCAAAUGUUUGGUUCCCUUUUACUUGAAUGUUUUUUUCAUAAAGCCAUUAUGAAAGGCCAGAACAUAUGAACCUCUUUGUUCAAACAGAUAGGUGAAGAUGGCAGUCUCUUCAGUCAGACAAAAUUGAACUUUGCACUUCUAAAAAAAUAAUCAAAAUUGGGUUUCUAAAAGUAAUUUUUUUCAGUUGAUAAUAAGAAUUCAGAGUUUCUUUAGUGGACAUAUGGGGGUUCUCUUCUUGUGCUCUUUUUUGUUUUGUUUUUAUUUAUUCAUUUGUAUGUUUGUUUGUUCACAUUUUUGUAUUUUUUAACACUUCUUUUUUGUAAAUGGAAAUAUAUAAAAUGACUCAUAUUUUGAACUGUGGAUAAACACAGCCUGGGCUGUGCUCUAGCAGAGCCUGGUGGCCCCUGGCGCCUAACUUUUGCCCUCGGGCGACUAGAAAAUCUCAGACUUUUCAUACAAAUUAUAUGCUGGGCACCCUUUUAUUUUAAAGUUUCAGAGCACUGGGCUACAGGCAAUUUUCGUUAGAGCUCAGUCUUGUAAACAUAUGAAAGAAGAAAUGAUCCUCACAGUUAAUUGAACAACCUGAGCGGAUGAAAAAAAACCUGAAAACAAUUCGCGCGUCACUGAAAACUCAACCCUGAGUCAGUACUUUGUACAUGAUCGUUAGUUUACUUUUGAAAGGUUGUUGUCUAUUACAUAUAAAUUUUAUUAAAUGUAAAUAUCUGAUUUUAUUCAUUUAAUUAGACCAAAAGAUUUCUUCAAAUAUUGUUCAAUUUUAUUCAUUUAAUUAGACCAAAAGAUUUCUUCAAAUAUUGUUCAAUUUUAACUUUAUCAUUAUUCUCAAAUCUUAUUGAGAACCCUCACUUUAUACAGCGUGCAAAAAGAGUUGUGUCCGAUGGCCGGGAGCUAGCGGAUUUUGCUAUCGGGCUAGUGAAUUCUGUUUUUAACUUGCCCGACGGGCAAGUGAUGUCUUCUUAGGAAUUCAGAUAACAGAAGAACUGUGAAAUCGAUUCUGCUAGUCAAAAAGUUUUUGGGGCUAGUUGAAAUGACAUCUGGGCUAGUAAAUGCUAGCUUCAGCUUGCCCAAAUGGCAAGCUGUAAAAAUGAUUUUCUUUGCACCCUGUUAAACCAUUAAUUAACCUUGCUGAUUUAACAGUUAUUAUAAUUCUUGCCAGGGAACAUAUCCAGACUGGAUUGGUGGCGAAAAAGAAGCUCUGGAGGGUUUUUCUUGGAGAGGAGGAUCAGAGCGAGAUACAACUGGUAUACUUCUCUGGAGCAAGCCUUACAUUAAAACACUGCCCAGUGGCGAAGAGGUCAGUACAGUGAAAAAAAAGGUGGCCAAAACGUGUCUUUUCUUUCCUAGAGCUGGCAGCUUACAGGAAUGGUUUUGUGUGAGCAAAAAGUUCAAAUGCAGUGUUUUGUCAAGCCUGUUAUAAGUAGAACUGUCUCUUCAUAACAGUGUCCAUUUAGGGGCCUUCCACUGGUUGUUAUUAUAUACAUUCUGCAACAGGACAGGUUUCCAUUUUUUUUCCAAUUCAGUAUGAUAUUCAAACUAUAGGAGGUAUGCUUUUCUUGAGGAAACUCUGUAUCAUGUCUCUUAUGCUAGUAAUUGUUAAUGAUAGGGCAGUGAUUUUAUUACAAGUCUUAGUCCAGAACCGUUGAGUCCCAGUUCAAAACACAAUAAUUCCUAAAUUGAAAAUGCUGAGGCUUUUAUGUGACACCAGACAGAUAAAAGAUAUUCUUUUGUAAAGCACAGUGAAAACUAAAAGAAAUAUGCGUCAUUAAACAACAGCCACAAGAACAGCCACAGAAAUCACAUGAAUUGGAUAUUCUGCAAAAAUAUGUUCAAAUUGAUCGAUCAAUCGAUCUUUGCAUUUUACUGGACAUGUGCCAUUAACAUCUUUGUGUCUUUGGGGAUUUUUAAGAAUUAGGGAUGCAGUACUCAGAGGUAACAAAAUCGCUGAGUAAGCAUACAGGGUUGCCUCUCUGAUUUCAAGCUGCAGGUUGUAAGCAUUUAGUAGGUGGGGAAGUUGCAGAAGUUCAGAAGGUCAUGCUCAUAGCAGCCAGGUGAAGUCCCCAGCCCCCACCCUUAAAUGUCAGCCCUGUCGUGCUGUCUGGUAAUAAUAAUAUUAUUCUGUAAUUCAGUAUUGUGAGUUCAUACAUGCAUGUAAGAAAAAAAAGUCCAGGAUAAAUAGGCCGGAUGUAAAAUGGUUUACAGCACAUUAACUUGCGUGUGGCUACUCCUCUUUACUUAUUAGAGAGUUUAAGCAUGGCGUUUACGGCAAAUGGGAAAGAUGAGUUUGUGCCAUAUGACCAAGUUUUCCAUUUACUUAUUGCUUACUGUUGAUCAUUAUAACUACACGAAAAUUGGUAGAUUCACGCCAAUUCUAUCCAUCAUGUUCAAUUGCUUUAAGCUGUUUUUAUCUGCCCAUUUCUCAUUUUGUGUCUCAACUUGAAUCUCACAUCUGCCAAUUGCCAUAAACGCUAUGCUUAAUCUCUCUUGUUAUUGUUAUCAUUAUUAUUAUUAUUAUUUAUUUAUUUACUGAUUGUGAUGGUUUCUUCAACAGGUUGCAGUAUUGUUAAUGGACACUCAAGGUGCAUUUGACAGCUCUUCAACUGUGAAAGACUGUGCAACAAUCUUCGCACUCAGCACCAUGACUAGUUCAACACAGGUGAUGUAUACUGCAAAAUCAGUGUGAACGAGUUUCUCUUGAUAACAAGGAUAAAAUCCUAAAACUGAAUAAUCAUUCAAGGCACAUUAUUUAAUUUUGUGAUGCUGGAGAUAGGUGCUUAAUCAAGGAUGAUUUCCUUUUUUUUUGCUCUGAGCAUUUUAAGCCAAAACACCCACAUUGCCAUAAACUUGUGAAAAAACAUGAGGUGACUGGAAGAGGUUUGUGCCCACAUCAAUGUCCAGUUUAAGUAUGUGGAUUUAACAUUAAGAAAACAAUAAUUAUUUAAAACAACUUUUCUAACCUAGGGUUUCUUCUUUUUCUAUAAUAGGUUAGGUUACUACAAAAGCUAUUCAGCCAGGGGGUGGAAGGGGGGAGGGGGGUGUUGUGCCAUCCUUUAGGGUGGGUGCUUAGUAUAAUGUUAGACUCCAAUAUACAAAAUGAAUGUUGCUUUUAAUGAGCACUGCCUGCUUGCUGGCUUACAGUACAAGCCUCUGUAAAAUUUUGUUUAUUCUAACAUUAUUGUGCUUUGUCUGUAUUUUUUUUUUUUUUAUUCAAGACAUUUAUUACUAUAAUUACAAAGAACUACUUAAAAAGAAAAUAAUUACAAAGUUCUAAACAACCGCAAUAACAGACAUACUUACAAUUAUCUACAUUUCACAAUUAUAUACAUUACAGCCACAAAACAGCCGCGCAAUUGCCGAAUGAGGCUUAUUUUACAAAGAAUUAAUUAAUACUUAAUUAUGUAGAUAAAAGAGAGAUUAACACGUAAUAUUUACAGUAUGCUCUGAAAUAAAAACAAAAACAUAACCACACAUACAAAAAUAAAAAAUACAAAAAUACAAAACUACAAAAAAAAAGUGUCUAAUAAAAGAUUACAUUUUUAAUUACAUACUCACGAACUUAAUUAAAGGGGAGAAAUGUCUUUUGGCCAUUUUUCAUAAAAGGUUUCUAAUUUAUUAUUCUUAGCGGAAAUAUAUUUUUGAACUUGGUAUUUAAUUCUUACUUUAAAUUUGAAACCUUCGAUGUUUGGAAGUACCUGUUUCUUUCUGCAAUCCCAAAAAUACAAUUUACCAAUUAAUAUCAGAUAAUUUAAUUUUAACAAGGGGCAUUUUGACAUCGUUAUUUCAAUUAUAACCUCUCGUAAACACAACCUGUGAAAUUCCUUUGUUAUUGUUAAAUAAUACUGUUCAACAUUUUUCCACAACAUUUUUGAGUGCUGACAGUAAAAUAGAAAGUGACAUAAUGUUUCCUGUUCAGUCUUGCAAAAAGUACAUUUGUCAUGCUGGAGAUAUCCAAUUUUAAAAAGUUUUGCAUUAGUGUAAAGUAUUGAAUUUAAAACUUUAUAUUGAAAGGAUUUGACAUAAGGCUCCUGUGUUGUCAGGUGGGGAAGGUUGUAAGCAAUUUUUAAGUCUUCGUCAGAUAAGCCAAAAUCAUGUUUUAAAUUCUUUGCAUUAGUAGGUAAUUGUGCGUUAUUUGAUAUUAUUGUGCUUCAUAUUGCGCUUUGUCUGUAGAUCUAUAACAUAACACAGAACAUACAAGAAGAUGAUCUUCAACAUCUUCAGGUAGGCAAUAGUCAUGAAGUUGUUGAUAAAUUCACUGAGUUGAAGGUGUCUAAAACAGUUUAUUGUACACUGUAUCUUAUAUUUCUCCAGCUUUUUACAGAGUAUGGGAAACUGGCAAUGGAGGAAAGCAACAUUAAACCAUUUCAGGUAGAGUAAUGGUACAACUUUUAUUGUACUAAAGUUACUAAAAGAACAUUAGCAAAAAAAAUAAUAAAUAAUAAUUUUAAUAAACUAUAAGGAAUUCUAGCCAGACUUACUAGCUCGAAGUUUAAGGCAUACUGGUAUACAGACAACUUUCACCUUUCGGACACCUCGCUAUUACAGACAGCUGCUUAAUCCCCAUAAAAAAUUAUAGACAUUUGACUCAAACAAACUUCCGCUAAAUUACAACUCUCGCUAAGGGUGGAUUUCCACUGUCACGUAAAUUUUUAUGUAUGUGCGCACAUAAAUUUUACAUGCAUAAAUAAAAUAGAGGCAAUGUAUGGAAGGUCACGUGCACAUGCUAGGGAAAGAAGAUAAGGACAAUAGGCAUUCUGCUUAAUCUUCUAUUUCAGAGAUUAGUGUUCUUGGUGCGAGACUGGAGUUUUCCAUAUGAGGCUCCAUAUGGAUCCACUGGAGGAAACCAAAUUUUGGAGAAACGUCUGCGCAUGACAGAAAAACAACAUUCUGAGCUGAUGCAAGUAAGGAGGCACAUUAAGUCAUGCUUCAGUAACAUUGGAUGCUUCUUGAUGCCCCAUCCUGGACUGAAAGUUGCCACAAAUCCCACAUUUGAUGGUAGUUUGAAAGGUUUGUGGAUUACAAGACGUUUCUCGAUGUCAUGUUCAAAGCAUCAAGCUGUUAAAUGAAAGCAUGUAUCAUUAUAUUAAAUUCAUUCCAUUUUGACUGAAAAGUAUUUUUCUUAAUGACUGCCGUGACUGUGGCAGGGCUAGCUCACUUGGAAAGGCUCUUGUCUGCAAAGAGGAGGUUGUCGCUUGGAUUUCCUGGAGGGGACCCCUACUAAGCAUCUAAAAAUAACUGAGAAAUGAAGUACUGCCUUUGCCCUGCAAUCGGUUAGACCUUUUUGUGACUUGGAUUACCACAUAAAAUCGCAGUCCCAUUUCCAGUAGGGGAAUUAAAAAUAUUGUCCUCAAUUUUUUAUCUGUUUACCUUGGGGGUAAAUACAUUGACACUUAAAUAAAGUGCAUUUAAAAGUUGUGCUUUAUCUGGUGGGACUCUGAUUGUUUUAAAAACCCCCUGGGGAGAAGGUAAUUCAGGGUUCACAAAUUACAGAUUAGUGCCAUCUGCAGGGGCGGAUCCAGAAAAUUCAGGAAGGGAUGGCCGGGACAAUAGUCAGCCAUAUCUAGAUACUUUUUAUUUUUCUGAGUUUCAAAGAAAAAGGGGUGGCCGCUGUCCCCACAGCUCACUCCUAAAUCUGCCCUUGCAUCUGCAUCUGCAGAUGUAAAUAUUGUUAUUCAGGAUUCGUAAAGGUCGUGGAAAACCGGGAAAGUCAUGGAAUUUUAACAUUUCAUUUUCCAGGCCUGGGAAUUCAUGGAAUAUUAAAGUCUUUUUUUGAUAGAUUAGUUAUGGCCGAUGACAAGGCAAGGACAAUGUAAGAUAGACAGAAGUGAUUGAACAGUUCGAACGCCACGCAUUUUGGUGGACACCAGAGUUUGUGUCUGUUGAACUGUUUAAGGUCCAAAAAUACCCUAAAACAAGGAAAGUCCUAAAAAAUUUUGAAAGUGACAGCUAAAACUUAGGUCAUGGAAAACUUAAAAAGGUCAUGGAUAAAGUCAUGGAAUUUGAAGAGCCCAAAAGAGUACAAACCCUGUUAUUUAAUUAUCAUGUAUCUGAUUAAUUUGUCGGAACAGAUAUUGAUGAGGAGUUUAAGACGCAGUUACGAGAGAUAACCCCUUCAGUUCUCUCCAUUGACAACUUAGUUGUAAAGAGCAUAAAUGGAGAAGAAGUUACUUGUAGAGGACUGGUGGAGUAUUUUAAGGUCAGUAAUAGCUGUUGAUAAUUUUUGUGACAGUUAGAGCCAUGGCUAAAUAGCAGUUACUUGCAAAACAAUGGCUGGUACAACUUUUACCACGUUUGCAUGAGACAACCCCUUACAUGAUGAGACUAUAUUUUGAGUUAUAGUUUGAUCGCAUAAGGGAGGAGUUCGCUCAUGAGUGGUAAUCAAAUGGGCUGAACGAGGAAUAAGUAAUACACGCUGAUUUGCUUUCCAUAACACAAUGAGACGGUGGCCAAGUACUGUUAACUGAAAAAAUCCUACCUACUCUCCUAGCUUGUUUAGUGUUGUAAAUAAAAAUGUUACUUGUAAAUUAGAAACUGAAAAAAAGAAUAUAUAAAGGUUAUUUAUAGUAUGCUUAGCUUAACUAGCUAAUUUACAGGCGCUCCACUCGUAUAAUUAGAAACAAGUAAUAUCAAACAGAACAUAACAAGAUUAAAAACCCCAACUGACAGGAGGCAACCAUUUAGCUAUAACAAUCUUGGCCGCAAUGAGUUAAACUCAGGACAGCCAAGAACAAAUCCAGCUAGUGGCCUGAGUGUGACUUGAACCUUGGACCGCCAGCUAGGAUUUGACCUCGAGACAACUGAGAAUAAAUUCAGCAGGUGACUCAAACCCGGAACUGCCAGAGAUUUGCGAGUCCUUCGCGCUGGCCACUCACCCACGCUACCCGGCGAAAUUGUUUGUGCUAACUAGAAUGACUUCUUGUAUGCAUGCUGAUAAAUAGUGAAGCCAGUGUAAGUCACAAUGUGAUCAACUACCGAUUGUUAGCUUGUGUACUUCUCACUCUAGAUGUACACAGGCCUCCAAUCAUAGAUAAGCUCUAGGUUUCUUUUUGUAACAGGCCUACAUGAAAAUUUUUCAAGGAGAAGAGCUACCUCAGCCCAAGUCUAUGUUAUUGGUAAGUAUUUUUUUGCCGUUGUUGUUUUAGUAAUCAGACAUUAGACUGCCUUGUUUAUACGCUAUGUUUGAUGAUUACUUUAUCUUGUUUUUGUUUUCUAGGCGACAGCUGAAGCUAAUAACCUUGCCGCUCUGGCAAGUUCAAAGGACUCCUACACAAAGCGGAUGGAACUGGUGAGCUUUAGCACUCAAUUGAUUUCUUUUAUUUUCCACUCAAGCGACGAAAAAAGCUUGUAGUGGAGUCACCUUAAAGUUAUAAGUAAACGGAAAGCUGUUUCACUUCUAACCCGCGCCAGAAACGAAAGUAAACUCUGGAUAAGUCCGUCUGCGAAACAGCGCCAAAGUCCUUGAUCUGGGCUUCCACCUGUGUACCAGGAUUUGAGAAUACACCAUGAUUGGCCUGUUAAAAAAGCCAUUGUCGAUUUGCCAAUCAGGAUGAAAGGAAAUUCGAAACGCACUUCCGGUAAUUCGUUGAGUUCGUCGGGGGGCCAGAAUAAGGAUCUCGGGAAUGUUUCGCAGACGUUACUAACCGCAGUUUGAUUACCUCUCCGAUGCAGGCUAUUUCCCUUCUCGCCCUGUGUAGCCAUUGCCUUUCAACGCUCGCGCGUCUUUCACCUGUCAAGAACGAUAAGUACGCUGUUCAAAAGAGCAUUGUUUGGCCCCCAAAUUACAUAAGUGAAACAUAGAUAAAAGAUUUCUUUCACAACUUUUCAGUUAAAAGAACUGAAAACCUCUUCGAAUUUUUUUUUUCGUGAUUCUCUCGUAUUCGAAGCGCGCGUUCCUCACCUGCUCUCUACUUCUACCCCGUGGCAUGGGCACGAGAUAUUUUUUAGCGCCAAAAUUGAAAACGGCGGCGCUAUCCAGGGAGGAUAACGCGCCCGAUGAGAGAGGAAACUACUUCUCCUUGCGCGUGCGCCCUCCUCUCGCGCGCAUCACUUACUUUGCUCCCCGUAUUCCUCAUGCGCCUGCUACAAAGGCUAAAUCCCUCGCCCUAGUUUUCUCGCUAUUUGUCUUGUUCCUUCAGUUUAGAGAGGUUGUGAAUAGUCCAAUUACGUGAUAAUGGUUUUUGUUUUUCAGCUUUGUGGUGGUGAUACCCCAUAUUUAGCCCCUCACGAACUAGAAAAGAAGCACGCCGAAGCCAAGGAAACAUCGUUAGCCAUAUUUCAUGGAACGCGCAAGAUGGGAGGAAUUGAAUUCAGCAAGGAGUACGCCGAAAGACUACUCAAAGAAAUCGACGAGGCAUUUGAAAACUUUGAGAAGCUUAACGAUGGAAAGAACAUCUUUAAUGCCGCCCGCACACCCGCAGUCUUCUUCACGCUUGUGGUGCUGGGUUAUUUUUUGGCGACCGUGUUUGGUUCGAUUGGACUUGUUUCGUUUGUGCGCAUGUGCAAUCUCGUGAUUUGGUCUGGACUGCUGGCCAUUGUAGUGUGGUCUUAUAUCCGAUUCAGUGGAGAGUUCAGAGAGUACGGUGCUAAACUGGAUCACUUUGCAGAGCUUGUCUGGGAUGAGGCAAGUAUCUCAUCUCCCUGA